GUCGAUGUAUAUUUCUAGGUCGUCUGUGUAUUCCAAGAACAUGUAUACCGCAGAUGGAGUGCACUUUAGGUCUAUAUAUACUGCGAGUCCAUAUCUGUGCAGAGGGGAUAUGUAUUUUAAGUUCAUAUAUAUCGCAAGGGUCUGCAGCCUAUAUUAUGGGAUCAAAUGUUUGUGCUUGGUUGGUGUUUUUUCCCUUUUGUGUGGAGUUCGCUAUUUUGGGUUCUUCGUUGUUUUGGGUAACCGCAGUAGAUUAUGCUGUUGCGAGCAGCUGUAUUUCAAGAUAUAUUAUCCGAGGGGUGAAAAAGAAGGAGAUGAUGACAUAGGUAUAUGAUCUGGCCGGUUUAUAAAUCCUUUUACUGAGAUCAAAUGAGGUUUGGUCUGGUCUUACUCUGAAAUUCUCUGCAUUGUCUGCUGUUUAAUUUAGCAGCUGUAUUUCAAGAUAGCAGAGCAAUUGAUGAGAAAUUCUUACGAGAACAUCCAGUUCUUUGAGCAAACACACACAUACGCGGAUACAGACACUGGCAUACACAUAUUUUUAUAUGAAUUCACACGCACGAAGCACAUGGUUUGUUCUUAUGUAAGAUAUGCAUUAGACCAUCUUAUUACCAGAUAAUAUAGCAGACGUACAUGAGCAGAGAAAACUAAGGUGACGAGUGCAUGCUCGUUGUAAAGUGCAUUGACAUGUGCAUCAGUAGUAGAAGAGAAAGCAAACUUGCUUCGCUGCAUUUUCUAUAUGGUUUAAAAGGGCCUAAAUAUCCAUGUGUGGGUGUGUGAGUCAGAUUAAUUAUCUGAAAUUAUUUAUUUUACUUACUGAUAAUGCAUGUUUGAAUAUAUUAAUGCUUACACGAAAGUAGAUAGGCCAUGGUUAACAGCUACAGGAUCCUCCGCGCCUACACGAAAAGGGCUCGAGCGAGAAGACGAUGGAUGACAUCUAUGUAUCAGACGACGAGCUCCACGUUCCGUUCUUGCCUCAGGAUGUGCAGAGCACAACCGAACAUCAGAAGACACCUCCUCCGAAGUUGGACAAGUCAAGCAAGCGAGCUGGGAAACAGGCUGUCUGCGGCGUUCGCAAAGAUUUAUUUGGAAAAUGCAAACCGACUGCAAGGGGUAAAAAGGAUUCACACUCUCCCGCCGAUAUUUCCCUUUGCUUCCGUGAAUACAUAUCGUCUUCUCGGCACGGCGGCGCCACCUUGGAUCAGCCCUAUGUCGCGCCUCUUUGGUCGUCCCUACACGUCUCAGCUCCAGCAACCAGGUCGCGAUGGCUGACGAUGAGCUCCAGGUUCAUGGCUCGCCGGGUUCCGCUGGCUCCACUAACAACUGUUUGUGAGCACUUGCACAGUGUUUGCACUUUCAGACGAUGAGGCUGCCGAGGAUACCGCUGCGAUAAAGGCUGUCAGAUACAUAGACGAUAUGACUAACACAGUUGUUAGAGAUUUGAACCUUGCGUCGUCCAAAUGACAGCAGCGCCGUGCCGAACGCUUGCUGCGGCAGUUAGAGGAGUCAAAGACCAAUAACAUGAGGCUUGCUAGAGGUUGGCUUACAUGCAUUACUUUUUUAUGCAUUUUAGAAUGCAGUUGCCAUGGACUACUCUGUUGGAGAUCUUCCUGAUAUAAUGGAAGACACAAGUAGCCGCUUGGAAGGACACCUGGAAAAAAUGACGCGCUAUUAGAUGCGGCCUCUCCUAAUUCAUAACUACCGUGAUUUCGCCUUGCUGUACAUAUACUGCACUUUCAAGAAUGCUUGAGUA